AUUGCAGUAAAACAUCAACAAAUCUAAAACACGAAAUGAUUAGCAGCAGCGACAUCGACCAAAAACGUUUAUUGUAUCUUGCGUAAUGGUUGUGAUAGAUCCUGACGUGAAUAUAUGAAUAAAAAAACAACUUUGUGUACAAAUAAAGCUUAAUUUGUAAACUAAAUAUGAUUAAUAUUUUAUAUAAACUUAGUAAUGUAAGUGCAACCACAGGAAUAAUUCGAAAAUUCUCUGUGUCGGCGGCUAAAAAUGCAAAUUACUCAUGCAAGUUGCUGGUGGUGGGAGGCGGUUCCGGGGGUUGCACAAUGGCAGCCAAGUUUGCAAGGAAAUUAAAAAAAGAUUCAGUUAUUGUAUUGGAACCUAGUUCAGAUCACUAUUACCAGCCUCUGUUCACGCUGGUUGGUGCCGGUGUCACCCCAGUGGCCACGACUCGUAGAGACGCCCGCAGCGUCCUCCCCCUUGCAGCGAAGUGGAUACAAGAUUCCGCGGAAAGUAUAGAUCCUGAAAAGAACGUAGUCAAAACGGCUAGUGGAGAUUCUAUUAAUUACGAAUAUUUAGUUGUCGCAGUUGGUGUGGUCAAUGACUAUGGUAAGGUACCCGGUCUAACCGAGGCGUUAAAAGACAAAAACAGCGGCGUGUCAACAAUAUACUCGCCCGACUACUGCGAGAAGACAUGGAAUGACUUCAAAAACUUCAAAGGCGGUGAAGCAGUGUUCACUUACCCGGACACGCCCAUCAAGUGUCCCGGAGCGCCGCAGAAGAUCGCUUAUUUGGCCGACUCGUAUUUUAGCCAAACGAACGUGCGAUCAAAAUCCAAUAUUACGUACAACACGUGCCUGCCCGUGAUAUUCGGUGUCAAGAAAUACGCGGACGCGCUCAUGAAGAUCGCCGAACGUAAGAAGAUCAAAGUGAACUAUAAGACCGUCCUCAAGGAAGUAAAGGCAGAUAAGAAAGAGGCGGUAUUCUUCAACACGGAAGACAAGAGUCAGGAAAUAACGUUACCAUACAACCUGCUUCACGUGACUCCGCCGAUGCGUACGCCAGAAUUUCUGCAACGCAGUACACAACUUGUGGACGCUCUUGGAUUCCUCACGGUGGACAAGUUCACUUUACAACACACCAAGUACCCAAAUAUCUACGGGAUCGGAGAUUGCACCAACACGCCCAAUAGUAAAACUGCUGCUGCUAUUGCGAAACAAAGCUACGUGGUGGAGCAGAACCUCCGGCAGGCGAUGCGCGCGGCUGGCCCGCGGAGCGCGUACGACGGCUACGGCGCGUGCCCGCUCGUCACGUCCUACCGCACCUGCGUGCUCGCGGAGUUCGUGUACGACGGCGUGCCGCGCGAGACCUUCCCCUUCGACCAGGUUAACUCGAGGUGUAAAUUAUUGGUAGUCGGAGCAGGAACAGGAGGCUGUAGUGUUGCUUGGAGAUUUUCUAAGAAACUAAAUGAUAAAGAUAUUAUCGAACAUUACUAUCAACCGAUGUUCUCGCUCGUGGCUGCAGGCAUUAAGACUUUCCCACAGAGUCACAAGCCGUUGAGAACUGUUCUGCCUCAUAAUGUUAUAUGGCUUCGAGAUCAUGCUAAGAGUUUUGAUUCUUGCGCCAAUGUUGUACACACUACUAGUGGAUUGCAAGUAAAAUACGAUCAUAUGGUAGUGGCUAUGGGUUUGAAAAAUGAUUAUGAUCAGGUUUUAGGUUUAAAAAAUGCUCUCAAUGACCCCCUUGCGCCGGUCUCAACGGUAUAUUCACCCAAAUACUGUCAGAAAUGCUGGUGUUGUAUUCAAGAUUUUAAAGGCGGACAUGCCAUUUUCACAUUUCCCAAACAAGCAGGAAAAUGCUCUGGCGCAGCGCAAAAAAUCAUGUAUCUUGCCCAUGAUUUUUGGAAACAGAGCAUAAAUAAUUCAACGAAUAUUACGUACAAUACGGCUGGAACCGCUUUGUUCGGAGUACCAAAGUAUGCAGAAGCCUUAACGAAGAUAGCAAACACCAAAAACAUAAUCGUGAACUACCAGCUUGAUCUUAUAGAGGUGUCGAAAAAUGGAGCUGUAUUUCUUGAUUGUAAUGGAAAGACCAUAACCUUACCAUACAAGUUUCUACACGUGACUCCAGCGAUGUCUCCUCCGAGCUGUCUCAGCGAGUGUGAGCAUCUGGCGGAUGAGAACGGAUACCUAGAUGUAGACAGCGAGACUCUCCAACACAAACGAUACCCUAACGUUUUCGGAUUGGGAGACUGCACGAAUACCCCCAAUAGCAAAACUGCGGCUGCUGUUGCAAAACAAAGCCGAGUAUUGGAGGUCAAUCUAUGGGAUACCAUGUACGGUAAAAAGCCCUCCGCUAAGUACGACGGCUACGGAGCCUGUACUGUACUCACAUCCUACAAAACUGGUAUCCUGGCUGAAUUCUUGUACGACAAGAAACCCUACGAAACGUUUCCUUUUGAUCAGAGUAAAGAACGUCGCUUCAUUUCAUAUCUCAAUACAGAAAUUUUUCCAUAUAUGUAUUGGAAUAAAUUAAUAAAAGGGAAAUGGAACGGCCCAUCCACACUACGGAAAUUACUAAAUCCGUUUGGAAGAUAAAAACU